AUGGCCUAUCUGUGCGAACUGCUGCUCCUGUCUAUCCUUAUCUCGAGAGAUAUUCGCCGAUGUGCAGAUCCGGAAACUGCACAGCAGAAGGAAGCUUUUAAUAUGAUGCAAAUCGGAUUCAUUCGGAACACCCGUAUCGUAAUUAUUGCUGGUAUAUUCUGGUAUAUUCUGCAUGACAAGAAUAGAAGGAAGAAAACGGCCCCAGCUCCACAACCAGCGCUGAUCCGUCUGUCCCUCCUGAGACAAGCGCCGAUGAACAUCUAUACUCCGUUUACUGUCAAGCAAGGUCAAUCGGUAUCGGUUCAUGACGGUGCAGAUGGACUACUUGCAGUUAACAUUUAA